AUGCCUUUCCCGCCUCAAAAAAGGGGCAGAGCAUUGAAUAACCUUGCCGCAACAGACCUUUGGAUUAUACCUGGAAAGAUGUUAUUGCAGACAUACUCGACCAAACCGGGGUUCAAGAUUCCUUCUCCGCAGCAAGCAGCCCCCGGUCCCUGUUCGUAUUGCUUCGUCGGAGAGAAGUUCCAUUGUCUUGUCGGCAGAAUAUGCAAAUUCUUCAAUGGAUUGCAUAAACUCUUGGGAAUCCAAUAUUCUGAUAGCUGGAAGCCCAUGAGCCUGAUCGUCGUGAGGCCUCGAUGGAGAAGAGAACUUUCCAAAGUGAGGUCUUGGCGUUGA